UAUAUCGACGACUGCACAUUCGCCCUGGCCUCGAUCUCACCCUCGAUACACUGCACAGAGACCAAGGAAGAAUGCUGAGACAGGCGGCAAGAAAGCUGGCUCCCUCUCUCUCCCGGAGACCAUCGAGACCUCUACUGGCCGUCAGUCAUCUCUCCACCUCAUCCCCCGCCAGAGGCGAAUAUGAGUUCAUCAUCUCUGAGAAGAGAGGGGAGGGGGGUUGUGUUGGACUUGUCACCCUCAAUAGACGCAAGGCUCUGAAUGCUCUCUGUGACGGUCUGAUGUCUGAGCUACGAGAGGCUCUGGCUACCUUCGACAGUGAUCCAGGAGUCGGGGCGAUGGUCCUGACUGGCAGCGAGAAGGCCUUCGCGGCUGGAGCCGACAUUGCCGAGAUGCAACCUCUCACCUUCCAGUCCUGCUACAGCCAACAGUUCCUCGGUAACUGGGAUGCGAUAUCCAGGAUCACGAAGCCAGUGAUAGCGGCCGUCAACGGAUAUGCUCUGGGAGGCGGCUGCGAGGUUGCCAUGGUGUGUGACAUCAUCUAUGCUGGGGAGAAGGCCCAGUUUGGCCAGCCGGAGAUCGCCCUAGGAACACUCCCUGGUGGAGGUGGGCACUCAGAGACUCAUCAGAGCCAUCGGGAAGAGCCGCGCCAUGGAGAUGAUCGUCACCGGAGAGAGGAUGUCGGCUCAAGAGGCACUCUCGCUAGGACUAAUCAGCAAGGUCUUCCCACCGAAUCCCUCGUCGACGAAGCCAUACAGCUCGGAGAGCGCAUAUCUGGCUUCUCAAAGAUCGCCGUGGCAAUGUGCAAAGAGGCGGUCAAUGCCGCAGAACAGCUGCCUCUCAAUGAAGGAUUGAAGUAUGAGAAGAAGUUGUUCUACUCUUCAUUUGCCACUGAUGACAGGAGGGAGGGAAUGACUGCCUUCCUGGAGAAGAGAACGCCACAGUGGGCCGACUGUUAGAAAUUUUUCAUGGACAAUAACAUUUAUUCACUGCUCAAGCGCAAUGCCACCGCACAAAAAAACGCGGGCCCGGCCCGCCCCUUUUCCGACACGUUUGUG